AUGGACAACUCGGCAGACAACUCGGUUGUCGACCCCGAGAAGACCGAGGCUGUCUCCUCGGAAGAAACAUCGUCAAGCCCUCCCUCCCCGGCGAUGGAACCAACAUCUACUUCCAGAUGGACUGCCUAUCUCCAGAUAUUAGCUGGCCACUUGAUGAUCUUUGAUACCUUUGGCUAUAUUGGAUCUUGGGGCCUCUUUCAAUCCUAUUACAUUUCUACCUUGGGCCGUUCACAAUCCGACAUAUCUUGGAUUGGCAGCAUCCAACUGUUACUCGUCUUCUUCGUCGGCACCUUUUCGGGGCGCAGUCUCGAUGCAGGAUAUCUCCGUAUCACAUUAGCCAUAGGCAUCUGCGUUGGUCUUGGAGAUGGACUCAUCUUUUGUCCGAUGAUCUCUCUCAUUAGCACAUACUACGAUGACAAGAACAGGGCUUUGGCCGUUUCCUUUGCUGCUGCCGGCGCUGCCACCGGUGGAAUGGUAUUCCCUGCCAUUGCUAAGCAGCUACUCCCGCGUCUUGGAGAACCUUGGUCGGUGCGUGUGAUGGGGUUUGUUUUUGUGUUCAACUCGGCAAUUACUCUGCUCGUCGUGAAACCAAGAGUGGCGGCAAGAAAGUCUGGCCCUCUUGUUGAAUGGACAGCUUUUAAGGAGCUCCCUUACUCACUCUAUGCCAUUGGCAUCUUCUUAACCCUCUGGGGUCUCUACUUUGCCUACUACUAUAUUUCAGUAUUCGGCUCCCACGUUAUCCACGUUCCACCCGAUCAGUCUUUUUACCUCAUCAUCGCCAUCAACGGUAUCGGAAUUCCGGGACGCAUCUUUCCAGCUUGGUUUGCAGCCCGCGUCAUCGGCAAUGCACUACAUGUGCUGAUUCCUCUUACAUUUGGUGCAGGAGUGCUUUUGUACUUCUGGAGGCUGGUACACUCAUACUCAGGCCUCUUGGCAUGGAUCAUUGUCUACGGUUUCUUUGCAAAUGCCGUGCAGAGUCUCUUUGUGGGCAGUGUGGGUAGCUUAACCAAAGACCGUCAAAAGAUGGGCGUGCGGGUUGGUAUGAUUUUCACCAUUGUCAGCUUUGCUUGUCUCACUGGUCCACCUAUUGCUGGAGCGCUGAUUGAUCUUCGUGGUGGCGAUUUUCUCUACGCUCAGAUCUUUGGUGGAACCGCUGUAGUUCUUGGAUCAUGCGUUCUUACCGCGGCUGCUAUUGUCAGUAAUCGUGAAACCAUUCUGGAUGCAAAGGAAUAA